AUGUCAGACACGGAAAACAACGGAGAACAACGCGAAUUAUCCAUCAAGGAGGAGUAUCAACUAUGGAGAAAGAACUGUAGGUAUAUGUAUGAAUUUGUCAGUGAAACAGCAUUGACAUGGCCAUCACUAACCAUACAAUGGCUUCCAGACUACACAACUGAAGACGGCAUCAUCAACACAAAGCUUCUUCUUGGGACACAUACAUCAGGGAAUGACCAGAACUAUUUGAAGGUUGCUGAAACUCACCUUUCUGCAGACGGCGAGCAGAAGGUCAAUUCGAGAAUCAAGAUUGUUCAAAAGUUUACCAAUAAUCAGGAGAUAUGCAGAGCAAGGUACAUGCCACAAGACCCUAAUAUAGUUGGCUCCAUAAACGGAUCGGGAGAAGUUGACUUGUACCGUUUGGAUAGUGGCGAAAGCGGAAGCUAUUCACAUUUCAGCCCUCAUUCAGAAAACGGAUACGGUCUCUCGUGGAAUCCUAUUGACAAGGGGGUGUUGUUGACAGCCGCUGAUGACAGACUAGUUUGCGUUAGCGAUACAAACAAGGACAAUGAAUUAUUAUUCAAGAGUGACACACUGGGAGACAUUGUCAACGAUGCCAAAUGGCACCACUUUAAUGGCAACAUAUUUGCAUCAGUUUCCGAAGACCAAUACACCUACAUCUACGAUACUAGAGCCAAGACUGUUGCCUCAAAAUACUAUUCAAAAGGAUCUUCAGGUAUAAAUUCGUUGACCUUUUCACCAUUUUCGCAAAACUUGCUCGCUAUAGGCAACUCAAACGCAAGUAUAAACUUGUUGGACUUACGGAAAUUAAACAGUAAAGGUACAUCAGGGUUGUUGCACACCUUAAUGGGUCAUACCGAGGGUAUAACAUGUAUGGAGUUUUCACCACACAAAGAUGGAAUAUUAGCUUCGGGUGGACUGGAUAGAAGAUUGAUCUUAUGGGACUUGUUUAAAGUCGGCGAGGAGCAGCAACAAGAAGAUGCCGAAGAUGGAUGUCCAGAGCUAUUUAUGAUUCAUGCUGGUCAUACAGCUGGUGUUACAGACUUGAGUUGGUGUCCGUUCAAGGAGUGGACUAUUGGAUCAGUUGCCGAUGAUAAUAUUGUUCACUUAUGGGAGGUUAACAAAGGCUUAUUGGUGAAUGAAGACACAAACGAGGACAUUCCAAACAGUCUUCUUGAAUAG